CCGGAGUGGGACACCACUCUUCCCCUCCCCUUUUCCCUAUUCCCCCCUCUUCACAGCUGGCUGCAGCUGGCCCCGGAGGCCCUGAUCGAGGAGGAAGGAGCAGUGCUUAUAGGUCUGGGCAGGGCUUGAGGCACCUGUCUUCUAUACCACACCUGGUUCCAGGUGUCAACAAAAUAUGAGGGGCCACCCCUCUCUGCUGCUGCUGUACAUGGGAUUGACUACCUCUCUGGAUAGUUCAGCCAGUGGGGAGCAAGACCAAGAAGUCUUCUUGGGCUCCCCAGAGGCCCAGAGCUUCCUGGGUAGCCAUAGACGGAUUCCAAGAGCCAAUCACUGGGACCUGGAACUGUUCACACCUGGGAACCUGGAACGGGAGUGUCAUGAGGAGAGGUGUUCUUGGGAAGAGGCGAGGGAGUACUUUGAGGACAACACUCUGACAGAGCGCUUUUGGGAAAACUACAUCUACAAUGGCAAAGGAGGGCGUGGACGAGUGGACAUAGCAGGCCUGGCAGUGGGGUUGACAUCUGGCAUCCUGCUCAUUGUCCUGGCUGGUCUGGGAGCCUUUUGGUAUCUGCAUUGGCGACGGCGCCGAAGUCAACAGCCCUGUCCCCAAGAAGCUGAGCUCAUCAGCCCUAUGACUCCUCUGAGCCCUUUGGGCCCACCGACGCCCCUGCCCCCACCCCCAGGCCUCCCAACCUAUGAGCAGGCGCUGGCAGCCUCUGGGGUGCACGACGCACCUCCGCCUCCUUACACCAGCCUCAGGAGGCCUCAUUGAAGGGCUGUCUCCGAGCCCCAACUCUCCGAACCGUUCCCGAUUCACACUGGAUUCCGGAAGCCCCCAGGCCUCUUAGACUCUGAAGCUGAACUUGGAGGGAUGGUGGGAGUAGGGGUCGUCCCCACGGUGGCCUACUCUGCCACACGUGUUUCCACCACUUACGGAUACAUUUGUUCCUGGCUAGCACGUUCCCGCGUCCUGGCCUCUCGCGCGUCCCCACGCUCUCCUGACCCUGAGUGUAAUCGCCGGUCCCACCCCUGGGGUAGGCAUGAGAGCGUGAAACUCGGACCCAGGAUCUUAGGCCGGGUGUGUGGUCUUUCGUAUGUGGGCAGAUGUGACCCGAUCAUCGAUUCCAGUGCCAUGCGGUACGGACGCAAUGAGCCCCUCUUGUGCAUACGUGGGUCUUCGUGCGCUCUCGGUGUGCACUCAGGGGUGCCUCAUAACCCAGGGAAGAGUGAGGGGCGUAUUUGCAACCGUGCUCGGUGGAGACAGGCUCGAAUGCCGGGGAGUUGGAGUUGACCUGUUCCCCUAAUUAAACGCUCUUUGGAAAGCAGCCCAAAAAAGAAGCUGAAACAAUGCAAACAAAUAAAAAUCUAAUGAAAUG